AUGUUGGCAGCGUCACGAGAAACUUUCGGCGGCCCAUCCCGGCUAACCGUGUGUCACGAGCGGCCGUCCAUCGCGCACAGCUACAGGGCGCCCCGUUUGUUGACGGAGCUGGUAGUGACACGCGAUACACGGCCGCAAAUACCUCGUUACGGGCCGGUGUUUGCUCUGCGCGUCGUAGGCGAGGGCACUGAGUGUAUUUACUCAUUCUGCUGCAGGAUACGCCGCGGAUGCCGAGCUCUUUGUGAAUGCCAAACGCAGGCGAGAUCCGGCUUUAAUGUGGCGGAUAGCGAUGCUUCUGCCAAUCCUCGUUUUGUGGUGGGAGCGGUGGUCAAGGUCAUAGAAGGGUGCGACGUAGGUUUUAGUGGGUACUCUUCCAGUUCUGACCUGGACUCCAACACACCUUGCGCUCAACCGGAUUGGUGGAACGGGAUUCAGAAGAGAUUUUUCCCACUGGAACGGAGAUUCGUAUCGGGCGCGCAUAUGUCCCGAUGGGGGCAGAUAAUGGAGCCCCGCUCGCUUAGCCACCGCCGCACCCACCGGGGCCAGGUUACGCUGGUCGACCGACCGGCGACUUGGACUGUAAUGCCGUGCGAUUUCCGCUGGAGCCAGGUUCAAUCAUUCUGGACGUCAGCGUCGAUGGCCUUAACUCUGGAAACUACUGCAGCGACGAGAACGCCCAACUACGAACCCAGCUUCGGCAGUUAUAACGUCAACCACGAACUUGAGUUUAUACGGGAA